UAGUUUUGCCAUGAAGCGGAGGCACCGAGUGCGUGUCAAGCCAUGGAUGGCGCUGGUCUUUAUUUUGGUGAAGUUGAUGGGGGCCUUUGUGCCACCACCGCAGGUGGCAUCAGCGAGACUGCGGGGCCUCAUUGAGCGUCCUCAAUUUAUUGGGUCUAGCAUUGUGAAAGAGGAUUUGCGCCCACGCUCGACCCAUUGCAGAGCUUUGGAUGUGAGGGUCUGGCAAGUCAUUGUUUCUGCUUCGGGUCUUGUUGUAGCGACAAUACAGGCAGUGCGGGCAUUCAAAGCCUCUUCCGAGGGCAAAAUCCGAGCAGCAGUGGCAAAGGCCAUGAAACCUUUUGAGCCCAGCAGGCCGCAAGACGAGGUCAUCCAAAGGCCAGUGAUGGAAACUCUCCGGCAAGGCAUUGCGAGCUGGCAACAACAUGCGACCAUCAUUGGGGGUCGGUACCAGUCAGGAAAGUCUGUGGCAACAGAAGAAGCCUUGCGCAGGGUGCGAGGUGUUGUUCGAUUCACCAUCAGAAGUGCCGAUUGGGCAGAUCGGAUGUGCAAGCAACUGGGAGUAGAUGACGAAGGGCUGUUCAAAGAGGUCAUGCGGCGAGUGCCCGAGAAGCUCAAGGACUUCCCCAACAACCUCACCAAGUUUCCAAUCCUUCUUCUUGAAGUCCCUCGUACAACCACCGAAGGCAUCAACUUAAUCUCUUCUACUGCGAAGGAUGUGGCGACGGACAAAAGCGGAAGUGCCAUUCAUGUGAUUGUGUCAGCCUCUUCGGCGGCAGUGGCGUUGGCUUUUGAUGCUGGAGGAACUGAAAGGCAGGAAGACAUUUGGGUUGGCGACUUGACGGAGGAGGAAGCGAAGGAGUUUUUGGCACUGCAUGGGCAUGAGAACAAGUGGGUGGACUUCGUGGAUGCUUGUGGCUUCCGGAUUGGCGACUUGGCGAAGGCCUGUGAGAAUCUGAAGAAAGGAAUGUCAUUGGACGACACGAAGCAAGAAUGUCAGCGAGUUGCUGAUGAUGAAGUGCGAGGCUUCAUGGAGCUUCAAGUGCACCCCACAGUUACAGGGUGCAAGAUGGCGCAAGAGCUCCUGACGGCUUAUCCGGCAGGUAUUUUGAAUGUUGUAAAUGGCAUCCGCAUCCUCCCAAGGGAGGUUGCCGCACUAACUCGCAACAAGAGUUGUCAUGCUGUGUAUUUUCACCCAAUCAAGAAGCGCUUCUUUUUUGCCUCCAAAUUGCAUAAGGAGGCCGCUGAAGCGCAACUGGCAAAUCCAUGACCGAUCU